AUAAAUAUCAAAAUAAAAAUUGUUUUUGCUUCACCUGAUGGAGUUAUUGCUGCUGAGGCCAAGAAAUCUAACUCAAACUGGGUGGUUCUAGACAGGGGACUGAAGUAUGAGAAGAAAUGCUGUAUUGACCAAGUUGAGUGCAAUCUUGUUGUAAUCAAGAAGUCACAACCAAAGGUUAUUCGUCUCAACUUGGUGAAGAAUGCAGAUACAGAGCAUCUAGAAGCUAUUUCCAGGCUAACCACAAAGUCUAUCCUCUCCCGGAGAAGCUCAAGACCUAGAAAAAAGUUGAGGGAACCCUUUGUGACUCCAGCCAGAAGUCCAGACCAAGAAGGUUCUGAUAUGGGGACUUCAUCUAUAUCUAGCUCUGAUGCAAGAGCUUCACCAUUUCUUGCUUCUCAAGUCUCUGAGGGCCUUAACCCAUGGGUCAGUGAUGGAAACAAGAGUUUCUUUGAAUCUGAUACUGGCUCAAAUGGAGAAAACUGGAGUCCUAUAUCAAUGGCCUCCUCAUCUUCCCAUCCUGUGAAAACAUCUAAUAUCCUGAGUCCCAGUGAUGAUCUGACAAGACCUCAUACGGAAACUCCAAGAAAAUCAAGAUUCUCUUCAGUCCUAAGGCUCGGUUCAUCCAAGAAAGAACCUGAUGUCCGUAAAUCCGAUACAUGCUUAAACAAAAGCGUGAGGGAAGUGGUUUCCUUAUCAAGAAAGCCAGCUCCUGGACCUCCUCCACUGUGUUCCAUAUGUCAACACAAGGCACCUAAAUUCGGAAACCCUCCAAGAUGGUUCACUUAUGACGAGCUUGAGACAGCAACAAAGGGUUUCUCUAAAGGGAGUUUCUUGGCUGAAGGCGGGUUUGGUUCGGUUCACAGAGGAACUUUACCAGGUGGUCAAAUCAUUGCUGUGAAACAGUAUAAGAUUGCUAGCACACAAGGUGACAAAGAGUUUUGCUCUGAAGUUGAGGUCUUGAGCUGUGCACAGCAUCGGAAUGUUGUAAUGCUCAUUGGACUAUGUGUGGAGGAUGGGAAGAGACUGCUGGUUUAUGAGUAUAUCUGCAAUGGUUCUUUGCAUUCUCAUCUUUAUGGUUUGGGGAAAGAGCCGUUAGGAUGGUCAGCGCGGCAAAAGAUUGCGGUUGGAGCAGCUCGUGGGUUGAGAUACCUUCAUGAAGAGUGUAGAGUUGGUUGCAUUGUUCAUAGGGAUAUGCGUCCUAAUAACAUUCUCCUCACUCAUGACUUUGAGCCUUUGGUUGGAGAUUUUGGACUAGCGAGAUGGCAACCAGAAGGUGAUAAAGGAGUGGAGACAAGAGUAAUUGGAACUUUCGGGUACUUGGCACCUGAAUAUACACAAAGUGGACAGAUUACAGAGAAAGCAGAUGUGUACUCUUUUGGGGUUGUGUUAGUUGAGCUUAUCACAGGAAGGAAAGCGAUGGACAUUAAGCGUCCUAAAGGUCAACAGUGUCUCACCGAAUGGGCAAGACCGCUGUUGCAGAAGCAAGCCAUUAAAGAGCUUCUUGAUCCGCGUUUAAUGAAUUGUUACUCUGAGCAAGAAGUUUACUGUAUGGCGUUAUGUGCUUACCUCUGCAUUCGCCGUGACCCCAACUCAAGGCCACGAAUGUCUCAGGUGUUGCGGAUGUUAGAAGGAGACGUUGUCAUGAGUCCAAUAUAGAAGCUACACAGGGAAAGGCAUGGAGUUUCUAGACUAUUUAGAGUUUUUACAGCUUUCUUGUUAAUGAGUAUUGUUUCUGUUAUAUGUAAAAAUUUGUUAAUGAGACAAAGAUUCAAGUCAAGUUUGUUUGUAGCUUUGUGUAGGUGAUCAGUGAAGUUUGUAAUUUAUUAUAUAUAAGAUUGCUGCAAAACUUAUU